CUGUGUUGAUUGGUCUCUUCACUCUUUUAUCCUCUUUACCGAGCCAAGAGCAGCCGAAAGGGGGGCCCGGCCGUCGACCUGAGAACACAGCCGAGCGUGAGACGAUGUGGAGAAGGGUUUGCGUCGCUUCCUGUCGACCCGCUCUCCGGAAGCCCCACGCCUCCGCCGCCGCCCUCGCCCUCGCCCCCGUCCUCUCCUCUUCGCCCUCGCGGAACACGCCGCGGCUCUCCUUCUCCUCCUCUGCCUCCGGUGAUGGAUCGUUGAAGAAGAGGGUGGUGGUGAUGCCGAUCGUCAUGGAGCUCGAGGGGAAAAAGCGGUUCGAUAUGGACGCCGCCAUAGGCCCCUUCGGCACCAAGGAAGCGCCUGCUGUCAUCGAAGCCUACUAUGACAAGAGGAUAGUUGGCUGUACUGGUGGCGACGGCGAGGAUAAGCACGAUCUCGUAUGGUUCUGGUUGGAGAAAGGCAAACCGCACGAAUGCCGGGUCUGCUCCCAAUGCUAUGUGCUCGAAGUGAUCGGCGAGGGAGGGCCUCCGGAUGACGAGGUUGAUCUCGAGGUUGAUGGCGAGGGAGGCCUUCAUGUGGUUGAUCACGAGGUUGAUGACGAGGGAGGGCUUCACUAGACAUGAAGGCGCGGGAGGGCCUUCGAUCUUUCUUGCCCAAGCAUAGCUUAUCUUUUUGCUCGCCCUUUUGCUUUUCCAUACAUUAUCUGCACUGUCAAAUACUCCAUGGCUACAUUAGACUAUUCAUUCUCCCUUCCUUGAUAUCAACGUCCGAUCGUUGUAGGGAUGCUAAGCUAAUAUUGUGAAAUUGUUCUUCAA